GCUACUGUGACCUGCUGCAGUUUAGUCAACGGGAUAUUAUAGCUGGAUAAAAAUCCCAUCGGGAUUUAAUAUGAUGCCGUUCCGAUAUAUGUGUCCUCACGGUGCAUAGAGUGACCCGGCAGAGGUCGUCAUGGAGUAGCUGUAGUUGAGGGGCUUUGUUAAAGGCAGUACGACUGGGAGCAAAGAACUGGGACAGGGAGACUUUGGUGCUACUAACGUUAGCUAGCUGAGCAACUUAGCUAGACGUUUUUACUGCUGCGACAGGUAUUAUUACAAGUUGUUUUGUGUGUGUGUGUCGCUCCAUGUGUUGUCUUCUUCUGGCCGUCAGCUCACUUUAUAUUGCUGUGUUUUCGUAGUUGUUAUUGUUAGCGCUGGCGUUAGCCGUCAGCUGUCGUUGGCUGCUGCUAGCUAAUGUGUAGCUAUAGUUAUUGCCUCCCAGUGGUGGAAAAAGUAUUCCGAUCUUUUAACGGUAAGUUGUAUUUGCAAGACUGUAGUGGAAAAAUAUUCCAAAAAUGUAAAGUCUGGAAAGAAAAAAACACACAUUGCUCUUAUUUGACUAGCGUUAUUAAAUAUGGUUUUUUAUUCAUAGAAAUAACUGAUCAUUUAAGCCUUUCUACAAGAAGUAGAGUGAUGAGAAAAGUAUUUGCCCCCUUUCUGAGUUUUUUUUUUUUCACUUUUGAAAUCUUCAAAGAACUUUUAAAAUGAGGCAAAUAUAAUCUGAGGUAAUACAAAGGACAGUUUUAAAUGAUGAUUUAAUUUAUUCAUGGCGUAAAGAUAUCCAAACCUAGCCGGCCCUGUGUGGACAAAAGUAAUUGCCCUCUACAACCUUGAUAACUUGUUACACCACCCUUGGAAGGAUGAACCGCAAUGAAGUCUUUGUGAUAACUGGGAAUGAGUCUUUCACAUGUGGAGAAAAUCUGGCCCACUCUUCUUUGCAGAAUGAUUUUAAUACAGCCACAUAAGAAGGUUGUCAAGUAUGAGCGACCAGUUUAAGGUCAUGCCAAAGCAUCUUAAUCUGGUUUCAGUCCAAAAUUUUAGUAGGCUGGUCCAAAAUCUUAUUUUUUUGAGCCGUUAAGAGGCAGACUUGUUUAUGUGUUUCAGGUCCUGCUGCGUAACUCAUGUUAAUUAUACUUGAGCUCCAUGGGACAAACUGAUGACUUCACAUUGUUCUUCAGGAUUUUCUGGUAGAGAGCAGAAUUCAUUGUUCUAUGGUUCACUGGAGUCCCAAAGCCUUAGAAAUGGACGUUAGUGACUGUUUUGAUCAUGUCAUAAUAUGAUGGUUUUUGAGGCCUUUUGGCCUACUUUACUUUGUCAGGCAGGUUACUCUUGUAAUUUCUUGAUUCAGUAGGUGUGGCAGUAAUCAGACCAAAGUGUGGCAAGUGAAAUUGAACUCAGAUUUCCAAAAAAUGUGGUUAAUUGGAGUUAAUUCAUGAUUUCAAAAGGGUAACAAUUCGGUUUUUACACAGGGCCAGGUAGAAUUGGACACCCCCCCCCCCCCCCCUUAAUAAAUCAAGUAAUUGUUUGCAAGAAAUAAAUCCAGAAGUCAGGCAAAUGCAGCACUAUAAAUACUAUAGUGCUUCUAUGAUAGUCAGUAUUUUCUCUCCAUUGCUGUCCUAUAAGCAGAAUAAAUUAUGCUAUUUCUUGUCCUUGCCAAGAAGAAACAUUGUAAAAAUAAUACACAAUACAAAGUAUAUAUAUAUAUUAAGUAAGUAUUAUAUAAUGUAAAAGUUAAUAUAAAAUUUUUUUUCAUGUACAUUUUCAUUAGCAGUUGGGUUUUUUUGUUUGUUUGUUUUUUGUAAAAAGGGUGUAAAAUAGUGAAUCUGUUAUCAUUUCCCACAAAGUGUCACAAACUUAUCUUGUGACUAGCCAGCAGUUCAACCCAACUGACAAAUUACUGACAGACACACACACUGACUAGCUGCAUGACCUGCUUGUACAAUAUAUAAAAAUGUGUCCUUGUGGCGUGCUUUUAUGCUUACUGUGGAAUACCUUUCUUCCCAAAGGAUGUUUUCAAAAUAGACUGUCUUUUUUCCAGAUUCAUUUAGUAGUUUGAGAUCCGUAAGGGAUUCUCAAAGCAGCAUGGCUCCCAAAGACAUCAUGACCAAUUCCCAUGCCAAAUCCAUCCUCAAUGCAAUGAACUCACUUCGCAAGAGCAACACACUCUGCGACAUCACUCUGAGGGUGGAGAACACUGAUUUUCCAGCUCACCGAAUUGUCUUGGCUGCCUGCAGUGACUAUUUUUGUGCCAUGUUCACUAGCGAGCUUGCAGAAAAGGGGAAAUCUUUUGUCGACAUUCAGGGGCUCACGGCAUCCACUAUGGAGAUCUUGUUGGACUUUGUCUACACAGAGACUGUGCUUGUCACGGUGGAGAACGUACAAGAGCUGCUCCCUGCAGCGUGUUUGCUACAGCUCAAAGGGGUGAAAAGAGCGUGUUGUGAUUUUUUGGAGAGCCAACUCGAUCCUUCCAACUGUCUGGGCAUUCGAGACUUUGCAGAGACGCACAACUGCCUUGACCUGAUGCAGGCCGCUGAGCUCUUCUCCCAGAAGCAUUUCUCCGAGGUGGUUCAGCAUGAGGAGUUCAUGCUGCUGAGCCAGACAGAAGUGGAAAAGCUAAUAAAAUGUGACGAAAUUCAGGUGGACUCGGAGGAGCCUGUAUUCGAGGCCGUGUUAAAUUGGGUCAAACACAACCGCAAAGAGCGGGAGCCCUACCUGCCAGACAUGCUGGAGUUUGUUCGGAUGCCGCUGCUGACCCCCCGCUACAUUACAGAUGUCAUUGAUACUGAGCCUCUCAUUCGGUGUAGCCUGCCAUGUCGAGACCUUGUUGAUGAAGCCAAGAAAUUCCACUUAAGACCGGAGCUGAGGAGUGAGAUGCAAGGCCCACGCACACAAGCCAGAUUAGGUGCCAAAGAAGUCCUGCUGGUUAUCGGUGGGUUUGGCAGCCAGCAGUCACCAAUAGACAUAGUUGAAAAAUAUGAUCCCAAAACUCAAGAGUGGACCUUUCUGCCUAAUAUUGCACGGAAAAGGCGUUACGUGGCCACUGUUUCUUUGCACGAUCGAGUCUAUGUGAUCGGGGGCUAUGACGGCCGGUCGCGGCUCAGCUCCGUGGAGUGCCUGGACUACACAGCGGAUGAGGACGGUGUUUGGUACACCGUCGCAACCAUGAAUGUUCGGCGAGGCCUUGCUGGAGCUACAACACUUGGAGAUAUGAUCUAUGUUGCUGGUGGCUUCGAUGGCAGUCGGCGUCAUACCAGCAUGGAGCGAUAUGAUCCAAACAUUGACCAAUGGAGCAUGCUGGGUGAUAUGCAGACAGCUAGAGAAGGAGCUGGUUUGGUGGUGGCCAGCGGGCUUAUAUACUGUCUAGGUGGCUAUGAUGGGCUAAACAUCCUGAAUUCGGUGGAGCGGUAUGACCCACACACAGGCCACUGGACUAGUGUCACACCCAUGGCCACCAAACGGUCAGAUAUGACGGGAACUCUCUCCUCAGCAGUAUCGAAUGUUACGACCCAGUUAUCGACUCUUGGGAAGUUGUUACCUCGAUGGCGACCCAGCGGUGUGACGCGGGCGUUUGUGUUCUACGAGAAAAGUGACGUUUGCCAAGAACCACAAGAGGAAAAGCAAGCGGGAGGGCAGGCUGCUAAACUGCGCUUAAAUGCCUCUAAAACACAGCCGCAAAGGGAGAUGUCUGUUCACCAGUAUUCAAAUAGAUACCCUCAAAAGAUUAUGAAGCGCAGCAGUUUGGGCCGCCUCCUCCAAAGGACGGUUAACCCUCCGCGACUCGGACCGUGCUACAGAGAUUCAGCUUCACCGUGGUAGACUUACCUCAAAAGAGGCCUCCAAGGAGCCCAUCAGGACAUGCAUGACUCUCUUCUGUGGUACUUGUGUCUGUCGUUACCUGUGAGAUUAUUUUUUCAUUUUGUCUUCAAAGUGCAAUAUAUUUCUACUCAUGAUGAGAAAACAAAAUACAAUGGAGCAGAUUCAGGCUCCAGUUGCUGCUAUAUGCCUUAUGACAUUGGCCUACAUCAAGCGGUGAGCAUCCGUGUUGCCUCCCAUUUGACUUUGAUGAUCGUUGCCCUACAUUAGCUUGUUAUCGGGUGAACUCAUUUGGCAUUUGCAACGUCGUUAAUGAGUCAGUAAUUCAACCCCUACCCGUAAACAGUGCUUUUAAUUAAAAUAACUUUAAUAUGUUUCAUACAUAUUCUCUCUCUCUCUCUCAGAAGAUAUAUUUAGAGAUGUUUUUGUUUUAGAAAAUGACUGAUUUGUACCCAUUGGUUCUUGAUUCAUUUGUUCCUCGAUUUGGCAACUUUGAAAAUUCAAGUAUGAGGUGCUUGUGAUUUAUUUUUCUUUCCUCAGAGUAUAGAUUUGGAUGUAAAUGUAUGAUACACUCCUAACAUCACUGUUGCCUGGGAAGUAAAUAAACACAUUGAGAACCAGUUAAGAUUAUCUGUGAUACAUCUGAACCCCCUGUUGACAGGGAAGACAAUUUGCUGAGGAAGGUUCAUGACUUAAUGCGAGCCACAUUGAAAUCUUCUAAAUCAGCGGUCCCCAAUCUUUUUUGCGCCACGGACCGGUUUAUGUCCGACAAUAUUUUCACGGACUGACAUUUAAGGUGUUGCGGAUAAAUACAACAAAA